AUGGCUCCGGAUCUCGCUGGCAUCUUUGCCAAUUUGAACCCUCAAGCCCAGGCACCAAAUAUGUUCAACCCUGCACAGCAGCAGCCUGUUAUGGAUCCAUCUCCCGCUGCGUUUGCAGCCCUGUUCUCACAGCUCAACCCAGGCCAGAAUGGUGGACCAGGUGCUAACUUCAACCAAUUCCCAUUCCCUGGAUUCCCUAUGCCCAACAUGGGCCAAUUUCCGGGACAGCAGCAGAAUCAGCAACCUCCAUUCGAGAACGAAGAGCGUCGUCGCUGGCGCGAAGGCGGUGGCGAUAACAACAACAACGAUCACAUGCGCCGUGGUAAGCCUGGNAAGAAAGUAAGCACCUUCACCGACAAGCGCUUCACGGUGCCAUGCAAGUACUUCAAAAAGGGACAGUGCCAGAAAGGAGACACUUGCACAUAUCGACAUGAAUAUUGA